CCAGUGGUGCCCUAUUUAGCCCUAUUUCAAAGAUGGCGCCACCGGGAGCGCCUUCCUCCUCGCCCUCCUCCUCCUCCUCCUCUUCCUCCUCCGCCUCCACUGCCACUGCUGGAUCGGGAUCGGGUUCGGCGACGGCGCCUACGCAAUCGCGCAUCCUCAAGUUCGUGCCGUGGCAGAGCUCCGUCACGGCUGAUUUCUGGCAUGGUCUUGCGAAUCUCAAGCUCGAUGUUCUUCGUCUCGACCGGCGGCCGCUCCAGAUCCAAGGAUUCUUCGCUCCGUGUAGCCAUCCCAGGAUUUCUAAGCCAUUGCAGCUGACCUACGAGUCGCUGUCGCUGGAGCUCGGCACGGAGAGUCCUGCGAGCGAUCGAAAUCGAUGCCCUGCGCCAGGAACACUAUACAAUACCAAUACGAGUGAUGAGUUCAAUUCCAUAGACAGGGAUGCUUUGAUGAACGAGGAGACUGCAAAGGUGUGGGACGAUAUCUGCUCGGGUCGGGCAGAGGAAGACUCCAACCUUCUAAAUCGGUUCUUCGUCAUCUGCUAUGCCGAUUUGAAGGAAUGGCGAUUCAAGUAUUGGUUUUCUUUCCCGGCAUUACAGUUUACUCAAGCUGUGAAGCACACCAUGUUCCAGCCGGCCUCGGAUUAUUUUACUGCUGAAGAGUCCUUGCGAGUUGUUUCGGCUUGUACGGCCUGGAGAACGUCUCCAUUGACAACAUGUCUCUCGUUUUUUCUCCUGCACCUUUCAUGUGAUGGUGUCACGGUUAGGCCUUUGAGUGACUGGGAAAAAUGCCAAGGAAGUGGAAAGAUUCUACUGGGCUUUUAUGAUCCUUCACAUUUGCCAACGAAUCCCGGAUGGCCUGUCAGGAAUUUGCUUGUUCUAGCCGCUGUCCGGUGGGGCUUAAAGAAUGUGGAUAUCUUGUGUUGGCGUGAGCUACAAGGACGAACUGACUUAAGACAUUGUUUUGUCACGUCAGCUACCUUUGAAGAAUUCGGUGAAAAUACGAACGCCGUGCCUAAAGCAGCUGGAUGGGAACCUUCUGCGCGAUCAGUUGAUCUUUCUUCCUUAAUGAAUCCUGAUAUGCUCGCGAAGUCAGCGGCUGACUUGAAUCUUAAGCUUAUGAAAUGGCGCAGUCUUCCGUCCUUAAAUCUCUUGCUACUGUCCAAGACGAAAUGUUUGCUUCUUGGUGCUGGUACACUUGGGUGUGAAGUUGCUUUGAGGCUUCUGGCUUGGGGUAUUCGCGACAUAACUUUUGUAGACUAUGGCAAAGUUGGAUACUCGAAUCCAUUGCGGCAACCUUUAUACCAGAUCAAAGAUUGUGGCCGUUCAAAAGUUGAAGCUGCUCAAGAAGCUCUAAAGACAAAAUGUGUCGAUGUGAGGGCGCAAGGGCAUCAAAUAUCAAUACCAAUGGCUGGACAUAGCGUGAGCGGGAAUCAGGUUGAAGAAACCUUUGAUAACUUCACUAAGCUGCAAACCUUGAUAGAGGAACAUGACGUUAUUUUCCUUUUAACCGAUACAAGGGAAAGUCGCUGGCUUCCAACUAUUUUGUGUGCAGCGGCUGAGCAAUCUAAGAUAGUUAUAAAUGCUGCACUUGGCUUCGACUCCUUCGUCGUCAUGCGGCAUGGAGAAGGACCUUUCAAUUCCACGCAAGACGGGCGACUUGGAUGCUAUUUCUGCACUGAUGUCGUAGCACCUACUGAUUCGACUGUCAACCGAACGCUCGAUCAGCAAUGCACAGUGAGUCGUCCUGCGCUAGCUCCUAUUGCCGGUGCGCUAGCUGUAGAGAUGGCGGUGGUUGUAAUGCACCAUCCACUUGGGCCAGCUGCUCCCGCUGAUCAAGCGGUUUCUGUGACGACGAGCAUCGACCAGCCCAUGGGAAUACUGCCCCACCAGAUUAGAGGCUUUCUCGCACACUACGCACAACUCGUCGUUUCCGGGAUCGCUUUCGAUGGCUGCACUGCUUGCUCGCCAAAGAUCGUCUCGGAGUUCAAAGCAAGAGGCUUCGCUUUUAUCCUAGAGGCCUUGAAUUCCCCAAACUAUCUGGAGGAUGUUGCUGGCCUGACUGACCUUUUGCACGCAACGAACUCAAUGUCCCUGGAUUGGGACGGUGAGGGGGACUCGGAUUUAGGUGUCCCUGACAUGGCCUAGCGCACGUUUCUUUUGCCAAAGUGGCUUUAUACAAGGUAAAAAGCUGGUAGUUGUGCGCACCGGUGCCUAGAAGAUAUUUUUUUUCCCACUUUUACAACCUCGUGUUUAUCCUGACAAGCGAGAUCGUCUAGAGGUAUUUCGUUCCUUUCAAUACAUUUUUUAUACGUC